AAAAUAUUCUUUCCACCUUCUUUUCUUUCUUUCAAGCCUUGGCCUUCGGGAGCCCCACGUGCACAAUUGCGCGUGGUGUUGUGCUUAGUAAAUAAGCACGUUCAAUCUGUGUAUUAUUACUUGUUUAUUUUAAUUUGUGAAGAUGGCGAAAUUAUGUUUAAAAAAGCCAAGCAAGCGGGUUUCUGCCAAGCGUCGUUACAAGAUAGAGAAACGUGUAAGGCAACAUAACAAGAAGAAAAGACGUGCUGAGAAGAAAAGUGGCAAGGGUAACAAGACCAACAAGAUAAUUGAAGUUCCAAACAUCUGCCCUUUUAAAGAAGAGGUUUUGAAAGAAGUGGACGAAUACAAACAAAAGGAAAAAGAGGUUCUCAAGAAGGCUUUCGAAAAUCAUCUUGCAAGGAAAGCGGAGGCAGAAGAGAAGGAUGUUGACAUGGGUGAAGAAUCUGAAAGCCUAAAUGAUCUUGUACAGAGUGCUCAAUCUAGACUUGCACAGCAUGAAAUUUGGGGAGAAGGACAGCCUUCCCGUAUUGGUUCUGAAUUUGUGCAGAAAACUGAGAACUCGUUGAAAGCGUAUUACAAAGAGUUCCGCAAAGUUGUGGAUGCUGCAGACGUUGUCCUUGAGGUUGUAGAUGCCAGAGAUCCGUUAGGAACUCGAUGUCUUCAAGUUGAAGAAGCUGUCAGAGAGGCUCGUGGCAACAAGAAAUUGGUGGUUGUUCUAAACAAAGCUGAUUUGGUACCUAAAGAAAUUUUGGUAAAAUGGCUUCAGUACCUUCGUCGCUCUGUGCCUGCAAUUGCCUUCAAAGCCUCCACUCAAAAACAGAAACAGAAGUUGGGUAGACGCAAGGUGAAGAAGAACUGGAGCCAGCAAGAAACUCAAGUUUCUGCGUGUGUUGGUGCUGAGGUCUUAAUGUCUUUGCUCAACAAUUAUUGUCGAAACAAGGACAUUAAAACUUCUAUUCAUGUUGGGAUAGUUGGUUUACCCAAUGUUGGUAAAAGCAGUAUCAUCAACAGUCUCAAGAGAAGUCGUGCCUGUAAUGUUGGAGCUAUGCCAGGUGUGACCAAAUCUGCUCAGGUGGUUGAGUUGGAUAAGAAGAUAAAGUUACUGGACAGUCCUGGUAUUGUGUUUGCUCAUACAAGUAGCAAUGAUGCUUCAUCUGUUUUGAAGAAUGCAGUACACGUUCAGUCUAUUGCUGAUCCACUUACACCUGCAACUGCUAUUCUACAACGGGCGAACAAACAACAGAUGAUGAUCUUGUAUAAUCUUCCCGAGUAUGACACACCAGAAGAAUUCUUCAUCUCAUUAGCAGAAGCAACAGGAAAAUUUAAGAAACAGGGCUUACCUGAUAUUGAAAAGGCUGCUAAACAGCUGAUUGAUGAUUGGAACAAGGGUAAAAUUAGGUAUCAUACAGUUCCUCCAGAAGCUGAAAGCACUCAUGUUAGUGCUUGUAUUGUGACAGAAGAUGCAGCUGAAUUUGAUUUAGACUCCUUCAAGCAAAUGGAAGCUGAAAAUUUGCAAGAAUUUCAGGAUAGCGCACCUAAAAGGAGAUGUGUUCAAGUUGAGCCUCUGGUCAUAGACCCUACAGAACCUGUUGUGGCCCUCAUGGAUGAUGCUGACACCCAGGAACAGAUGGAGGAAGUUAGAGGUGGUGAUGUGUUGGUUGAUGAAAAUGUGAAAGUUGUUGCUGAGAAAAGGAGGAAAAUUGAUAGAGGUGAAAGUAGGAAGUCGAGUGCAAAAGAUCAGAAAAAAGAAGAAACUCUUAUGCAGUUGGAAGGAAAUCAAAAGUUAAAUUUGCACAACAAACUUGAGGCAAAAAAACUGAAGAAAAAGCAGGCAAGAAACUCUCGUCAUGCUGCUGCAUUAGCUGGAGUGUUGGAGAACUUCUCCCUCAAUGGUGGAGAUGAUUCUUAUGACUUUGAAACAGAUUUCACCAAGUGAACCCCCAAGCUACUAUACAUUUAGCUUUUGAUUAACUGUGAUCAUAAUUAUAGGUAAUAAAUCUGUCUUGAAUGA